GCAGGGAGGAGGUAGGCAGAGUUGGAGCCAAGGAUGGGCACCCAGGCUCAGCCCACCCCUGACUUUAGGGGCCAGGAGACAGCCAUCAUGCUCGACUGGAGGCUACUGGGGAUCCUGAUCCUUUGCCUGUACUCUAGAGGCAUCUCAGGCAGUGGAGACCACCUCUCUCCCCCACCUACAGAGGGUGGACAGGAGGAGGGCUCCCCAACAUUGCCUCAGGGUGCCCCAAUCCCUGGUGACCCCUGGCCAGGAGCACCCCCUCUCUUUGAGGACCCUCCACCUCCAGGCUCUAAUCGUCCCUGGAGAGACCUGCCUGAAUCUGGAGUCUGGCCACCUGAGCCUCCUAGAACUGAUCCGCCUCACACUCCCUGGCCUGAUGAUCCCUGGCCAGCAGGACCCCAGCCUCCAGAAAACCCCUGGCCACCUGCCCCUGAGGUGGAUCACAGGCCUCAGGGGGAGCCAGACCUUGAUCUGCCCCAGGAAGAGUACAGAUAA